AUGAGAACUGUUUAUCUCAUGCUUUACCAUAUGUUAACUGGAACAGAAGCGUAUCACAACUGUAGUAGGUCUAAAAUUAUAGAGCACAUGAAAACAAUAGAACAUCAUUUGAAACCACAUUUACAUUGCUCUAUACAUGACUAUUUAGAAAACAGUCAGAUGAGAAUUCCUGGUACAUGGGAAACUUGUAUCGAAAUCUUUGCUGCUGCAUGUUUACUUAGCACAGAUAUAUUUGUGUAUACUAUUACCAAUAAUACUUAUCAAUGGCACCUUUUUUCAGUUAAAAUGUUAACUGGCUCUUCUCCAGAAAAUGAUUGUGCGAUUUACAUUGAGCAUGUUCAUAGAGUUCACUAUGAUGCUGUAAUUGAUGUUGGUGAAGUUCAAAGUGCUACCAUUGGUAAAUGCCAAACAUUGAAGUGUAAGCAGAGUGAUAAUUAAGCCCAACCUGAACUUCAUUAUGUAAAAAGAGCAAAAGUCAAGUUUUCACCAAAGGAAAAUAGUCAUUUAGUUAGAAAUAAUGCACCAAUAACGAAUUGCAAGAAGGAGACUUUGCCAGAAAUAGCAGAUAAAGUAGUAAAGAAAAACAUGCAUCAAUUCCAUAAAUCAAUACAGUUCAAUAUUGUUCAGAGCAUUGUUUGUCUCGAGACUUAG